GCUCACUCCUGCGCGCUCCCAGGAUCAGUUCAGUCUUGUACUUUACCGUCCCGCCGGUGCAGAGUGAUACCAAGCAGCCCACAAGAUGACUAUCAACACCCUGGCUAAAGGAGUCUGGCACCGGGAACAAAUGUCAUGCUUCCGAAAGAUGGAGAAAGUGAUUGUGGCGAUGCAGGACCCUGACAUGGGCAUGAAGAUGAGAAACCAGAGGCUCCUUAUCACUGUCAUCCCACACGCCAUGACAGGUCGUGAUAUCAUUGAGUGGCUGAUCCAGAAAUACAUUAUGAGUGAGGAAGAGGCAGUGCACCUUGGCGGCCUGCUGGUGAGAUAUGGGUAUAUUUACCCUCUUAAAGAGCCAAGAUCUCUGCUCUUACGUCUUGACGAGUCAGCCUACCGCUUCCAGACUCCUUAUUUCUGGAUCAGCACUCGAUGGCCUGCAUCAGAGCUGGACUAUGCAAUCUAUUUAGCUAAGAAAAAUAUAAGGAAACAGGGGGAACUGAUGGAAUAUGAAAAGGAAUGUUACAGUCAGUUACACAAGAGGAUCAACCACACCUGGGACUUUGUGGUGAUGCAAGCAAGGGAACAACUCAGAGCGUCUAAGCAAAGGCGAAAGUCCGACCGCAUUGUUCUUGAAUGUCAGGAGCAAGCCUACUGGCUCAUCAACAGACCCCCGCCUGGGGCACAUAAUGUGUUGGACAUGGGCCCAGAUAGAGGAAAUAACUUCAACUUAAGAAUUAUACUGAAUAGUGACUACUACAAGAGAGAGAUUGACAUUAGUAAAAGGGCCCUUGGGAGAAACCGUGUAAAGUCAUCUAUCUGCCUAGAAAGUUUUGUGAAGCAUAGUGAGCAGUACCAGAACCAUGAUCCAAUCAUGCAAGGCUGCCUUCCCAGUAACCCCUGGAUCUCUGAUGAUACAUCCCACUGGACAAUGAACACAGACAAGGUGGCCACCCCGACACGACUUCGAGUGGAGCGCUGGAGCUUCAGCUUCAUGGAGCUUCUCAAAGACAGCAUGGGGAAGAAAGAAUUCAUGACCUAUCUGGAGAAAGAGUUCAGUGCGGAGAACCUGUGUUUCUGGCAGGCCUGCGAGGAUCUUCGACACGGAGAGAGCUCCAGGAUCAUAGAAAAGGUGGAAGAGGUCUACAAGCAGUUCUUGGCUCCAGGAGCUGCUCGCUGGGUGAACAUUGACAGCAAGACGAUGGAUAAAACUCUAGAGGGGAUUAGACACCCACAUCGCUUCGUCAUGGAUGAUGCACAGAUGCACAUAUACUUCCUCAUGAAGAAGGACUCUUAUCCAAGAUAUCUGAAGUCUGAUUUGUACAAAAACAUGUUGGCAAAAGCUAUUGUACCCCAGGAGACCAAGAAAAGUGUGUUUCCCUUCAUGAGGCGCCAACGUCACUCUAGCCCCUCCCCCGCACAGGCCGUCACCCAGGCAACGGAGGAGGACGGGCAGGCUAAGAAGGCGGAACAGGCAGGUACCAACUCGGCAGCCACCUCCUAGGUGCGAUCUCCACCUGGCAGACACCGUCAUUGCAAUCUCCAUCUUCUCUUUUGGUCACCGUAGCAACCAUCCUAGGAGUUCUCCUCUGCUUUUUCUGUGAGGUCAAACGCCAGAAUGAGAGCCAGAACUUUCUUUCACGGCUGCAAACUUACCAGAGCUAGGAUUUUGAUGUAGCGAUUCAUCUCAGAGCACAGUUGUUUCAGAUUUCAGCAUCAGAUCUUAUUCCCAGUGAAUAGCAAAAGGAAUCAGAACUUUUAGUGCUACCAUAACAGCUUGUACCACUGCAUAUUCUUUCCACAUUUACAACUCAUCUCAGUGCAACAAAUGAAUGUCACUGUACUUCAUAUUGACAUUGCCACUCAUACCAAGUCUUCCUAUUUCCAUAGUCUCCUCCUUCGAUCCACCAGGAACCUUUAAAUUGAGUCCUCUCUCUCUAAUAUGUAGCAUAGGCCCUUCCUCCUUUUUUACCAUAGAGGUUAAUGAGAGGGAGACACUUGUUCAUAGGACCAGUAGACAUGUACAGCAUGUAGUUAGUGGAAAAUUCACUUCCUGUAUUCACUCCAUGCUGGAGCUUCUCUUUGUGAAUAUCGCUGUUGUUGUUGUCGCUUUUGAUUUUUUCUCAAGCAUGUUCUCAUGCCAAUAAAAGUGUCAUGGUAGCAUUCA